AUGAGUGAUAGGCCAAACUCUCCACGCAAACGCCGCACACGCCAUCGUUAUAGGCGCCACGCGAAGGCGAUAUCCGGUCGAACCGAGAGCACCGUGCGGCCAACGAGUACGUCACCAGCACCACCGCCGACUGGCCCACUUCCGGCAGGGCAGGAGGAGCGAAAAGUGCGCCGAUCGAAGCUCAAUCCAUCUUUCGUGCAGGAAGAGCGUGAAGUGAGGGCUUCGCUGGAAAGGUUCGGUGCGCCACUUGGAGCUGGAGGAAAGCCAGAGUUGCACAAGGAGGAUCGAGAAAUCCUCUUCUUUACCGACACACUUCCCGAUGAAGUCUUCUACGAUGCGCAAGACCAUCAUUCUUUGGACGAUCCGCUUACCUCCGCUUCGGGAAACCCAAAGAGAUCCUCCCCCGUGAAGUCGUCUUCGUCCAACGAAGAUCCGGAAGACACUCCCACACACCUAGCGUCGUCCUACUUUCAAACGGACGAUUCCGCGGUUGUGGUGGUUCCAUGGAAAGCGCAAAAGCUUGACACUCUCGACGAGAACUUGCUGUACUAUCAACCAGGACGCGGUUUCUCCGCGUCGAGAACGAUGCUUAAGGAAAUACGGGUUGAUUCAACCGUCAGCAUCGUCGGAGCAGGCGAGACCGUGGAUGAGGAAAGAGGGAGCAGCUCCACAACGUUCGUUCCUCCGAAUGUGAGUGUGGCCAAUAAGAACCGCCUCAUGAACCGGCUGCUGGAGGAAGAGCGCGAAGAAUGGUUCGAUGCGCGCGGUGAACUGGUCGACUUCCGGCAGUAUGUGGGUACCGAAAGGGUACGGGGUUUCUGCAGCAAGAGCUUCGUCCCCUUCUACAUCGAACCGAUUCCGCUUGCUCAAACGGUAGAACAACUGCCAAUGGAGCGCACCGUGAAGAUUCUGAUCGGAAAGCUGCACUUUGAUGCUCAUCCUACGUUCGGGGACGUUGUGCGGUUGCGAUUAAAGUUGGAACAACUCUACCGCCAGUACUACCGCAUCCGACGCUUAAACCGUACCCAUCUGCUCGAGGGUAAGCUGCAGGAGCUACGCGCGCGAGAAGAAAACGGCGACGAAGCGGAUUUGGAUGAGUUUCAACUGAAAAUGGCCCGCCGAGAGCUACGAAAGCUUGUUUACCAGGAGGUACGCACGGAACGCACAGUUGCCAAGCAGAUGCUUGAAGUUUGGGACGAAUUAAAGGAACUACAGACGGAUUGUGGCCUUAAAUUGACUAUUCCAAGCCCGGAAACGGAAGAGGAUCGUGAUAGCAGCGAGUUGCAGGAGCGUUUCACAAUGGAGCUCCAGGAAACGCUGGAAGAAGAGCAUGAGCUGUACGUACGAGACAAGCAAGAAUACAAGGCGUACCUGCGGGAUCUUGAACUGGAUGAGGCGGCCGACGAGGCUCAGCGAGAACCAAUCGUGAAACCGAAAAAACCCGACCCGGCCCGUCUGAGGCACGAGUUCCAACGAUUGUUUGAUGAAACGUUUCGCUCGCCGGAAGCACCACCCUUCAGCAUCGUUCUUCAUCGCGAUCCGGAAGUGAUCGACCGUUCGCGACAACGAUCGGGCAAGGAGCUGCAAUUUAAAGCGAAACUGUUCAUCGACGGUAACCACGUGGCGUCGACGAAAGCGCGCCAUUUUCAGGGUGACGCACUGGUGGACUUCAACACUUCGUUCGCCAUCAAGCUCACGACCAAGAUACCGGAAAUGGUGGCGGUUCACCUGUUCGAAAAGAACCGCUUGAAGGUGAAAAGCAAACGGGCGGAAAUCUUUGUGCCGCUUCCGAGCCGCACCGAGCUGUUCGACGACGGUGCGUUCGUCGACUAUCAGUUUUCGUGCGGCAAACCGUACAAACCCCAGACCUACGCCAACGGAAGUAUGGAGCUGAAGGUAGGUUGGCUGGAGCCGGCCGGGUCGGCCUUCCCAAGUCCGAGUCGGCGACGCGUUGUGCCGCGCCACGUAGUUCUCUCCAGCGACCAGGUGCACCGGUGGGUCGACGAACAAGCACUCGGCCGAGGCGAGCUCGAUGUGCUGAUGAAGGCGCUUGAGUUGCAAGAAACAGGGACCCGCAAGUCGUCCAGUGAACUCGCGGUAGAUCGCGAUCCUCCAAAACUGAUGCCAUCUGAUGAAUCGGCCCAGUUUCGGUUGAACGAAGAUUUGCUGGCGUUCUGCUCUGAGGACACGAUCGAACGGAACGAACGGUUGUUGCUGCUAACCAAACGGUUCAAUCGCACGCUCAAGUACCGUGAUGCCAAAUUCAUUCCCCAAAGCGAACGGGAACUGGCGGUUGUGAACGACGAGGAGGAAGCGCAGCGCAAAAUUAUUGACGAAACUCUCGGUACCGAUCCGAUCGAUCUCCAGCGCCACCGUGGCAAACGCUAUCUUCAAAAGGUAUACGAAAUUAUCACCAACCACUGCCGGGUGCUGAAUCAGGACAAAGUGAACAACAAUCUACUGGUGGGUGCUGAUCAGGUACCAACGUUCGGAACGCUUAGUUUGGCGUUCUUGGAGAUAUUUGGACCCCGUCGUCCGCUGAAACCAUCACGCAGGUCCCCCGCAAGCCGCACUUCGGUGCGCAUGACCGAUGUGACGCAGAACUUUCAGAUCGUCGUCACGAUCGUCCGCGCGUUCGGUAUACCGAUGCGUACCGAGGACAAUCCGUCGGCGCUCGGAGAGGGCCGCCGCCACAGCAACAUGUCCUCCAAUGGGCGAUUGUCUUUUCGGUCCUCGAACGUACGGCCGUACAUUGCGGUGUCAAUCAAGGAUCGAGUCUUGCGAACAUCGACGGCCGACGGGACGGCUCCCACGUGGAACGAGCAGCUGGAACUUCCUCUCGAUGUGAGCACCGAUCAAAUACGAAAACAUCUGCACAUCGAUCUGUACGAUGAGUUCAUGGAGAACCUGCUGGAGGACGACCGGGCGCGACCGACCGAAAUGUAUCAACGCAUUUCGAGCAGGUGGUUGGGACAACUACGAAUUCCUAUCAGCACCAUCUAUCUCAACCAACGGUUGGAGGGAACGUUUGAAAUCAAAACGCCUCCCAUCUUGUUUGGUUACGACCGACAACAGCAACCAUCACCGGGAUACCAAGGUGCGGCGGACAUUCAGGAAAACUAUGGCACAGCGCUUGGCUUGAUCAGUUCCGGUACUGCCAGCCUACCAGAUAUGCGGGAACUAACGCACGUUUCGUUGUUCAUCAGUCUGGAGCCACCAAUCGAACGACCAAUGCUCGAUACGGGCGGGUUGGAGUGUGUCGAGCUCGAUCAAACCCGGACCAGAAUUUCACUCUGGUACGCAGAGUACCGACAUGAGUUUCCAGCCCGUGCGAUCGUACCUCCGAUGGUUACGUUGCUCGGUGGCAAGCGUAUUUGUGCCACGCGACUGCUGGGACCGCUGCCGAUACCGUUUGCUAUCGAUGAACGGGCGGAAAUGAUGAUCCGACGCUACGUGUCGCUUAUUCCUGUGCACCACAGUGUCGACCCGUGUUCGCAGUUAGGUGGAAUCUGGCUCACGAACAAGGAAAUCUUAACGAUGAUGUGCGCCUCUCCGAAGGACUUGGGCGUACUGCUGGCCUGCUUCUACCUUGGACUGGGCUACGACGUGUGGCUCAUCUUUGGCAACAGUGUGCUAAUAGGUGAUACCACCUUUGUGCUGUUGCUCGAAGCCGGCGAGUUCUUCAUUGUUGACCCGUACAGUGGCAAAAAGUACAGCAGCACCGAUACGUACUGUCCGCUGGGUCGUAUCUACCUGGUGGUGGGCUCUGGAAACGUGUGGGGUAACAUUCAGAAGGAGAAUCGUGUAUUUUUGUCGCAGCUGGACGUACGCAAGUCCGGCUACUGGCGGGCGUUGUUUAAUCGGUUCAACGAAGCACCGUUGGGGUGUGUGCAGGAGGGCACGUUCCAGUUCACGGAAGCGCUUCCGGCUCGUGACCUUCAGCGCGCAAUUGAGCGAAAAGUGAUGAAGAAAAUUGCCUCCUGGCGAACGCACCGGAAGACCAUAUGGAAUCGGUACAUAAACGAGCAACUACGAAGCACGCUCGUAAGCCUGGAGCGGGACACUUGCCAGGAGACGGACAGUGACCGGCAUAUGGUCGAAAAUUUUGGCCAGAUGUUCGUUUCAUACAAAAUCAACGGAUUUCCAAUUAAUAUGCCUUACACGAACCUGCCGAGCAUCGUUGCGCAGGUGAAAGGCACUGGCAUACACCUGAACUCAGAAAAUGGCGUCGAGUUCGCGCUCGCUGUCUACAUAAAGGAUUUUCCUUGCAACGUGUACUCGGUUUGGGUAUUUCUCAUGUCGCUCGUGCCGAGAGCGUAG